AUGGGUACGACUCGGGCAGCCCAGAUGGGGCGAGGGAAGGGUUGCCCGCUCACCCUGAAGGUGCUGCUGUUGGUUGCUCUCCUCCUGCCAGGAACCCUGGCUAAGAGCAUCCGGGCCUUCCCGGAUCCCUGUAAGGACCCCACCAGAAUCAUCACUCCCAAUGACCCCUGUAUCACAGGGAGUAGUGGCUCCAGUGGUUCCAGUGGCUCUAGUGGCUCCAGUGGCUCCAGUAGUUCCAGUGGCUCCAGUGGUGGCUCUAGUAGCACUUACCAUGUCUCUAGUGGUUCCAGUGGCUCCAGUGGCUCCAGUGGCUCCAGUGGUUCCAGUGGUUCCAGUGGCUCCAGUGGUGGUUCUAGUAGCACCAGUUACCAUGUCUCCAGUAGCUCCAGUGGUUCUAGUGGUUCCGAUGGCUUUAAUAGUUUCCAUAGCUCUGGUGGUGAUUCUAGCAGCUCCAAUGGUGGUUCUGGCAGCACCGGUUACCAGGUCUACAGUGGUUCCAGUGGUUCCAGUGGCUCCAGUGGUUCCAGUGGCUCCAGUAGUUCCAUUGGAUCCUGGUCCUCCCAGUCUAGUUCCUCUUACUCUGGCAGUAGUGGCAACUCUGGUGUGUCUAUCUCUGGUCUGAAACCCUGUGGUCCAGACAAUCCAUAUUCACACUGUAGUGGGGGCCCUCUUCCAUCCUCCAGCUCCAGCUCCAGCUCCCACUCUAUAUCAGGAGGCCAUAAGCCAGUAGUGGUAAUUGUAGAGCAGCAUGGUUCUGGUGGCAACCAGGUUGUGGGGGGCUCUCCAUGCAGCAAUGGGGGGGUUCCUGGCAAACCCUGCUCCCCUAUCACCUCAUCCAACUCCUAUGGUAGCUAUGAAGUAGUAGGUGGGUCCUCUAACAGUUACCUGGUCCCAGGAAUGACGUAUAGUAAGGGUAAGAUCUACCCUGUUGGCUACUUCUCUAAGGAGAACCCCCCCAAGGGUUCUCCAGGUGUCCCCAACUUUGCUGCUGGACCCCCUAUUUCUGAGGGGAAAUAUUUCUCCAACAACCCCUUCAUUUCCAGCCAUGGUUCCAGUGUCUCUUACCAGUCAGGAAGCUCUCCAAUUAUUAUUUAUCGGCCUGUGGGUACUGGUGGUAUCCAAACUGGGGCCUCUGGGAGCUCUGUACUUAAACCUUGUGGAUCUGGUUCCCAAAUCUCAGCAGGUCCCUGCUCCUCCUCCUCCAUCUCUGUGUCUCAGAGUAGUUCCAGUGGGUCCAGCAAUUUAAUUAAUUCCCAACCCUGUGGGACUGGUUAUCAAGGCUCCAGAGGGCCUUGCUCCUCUUCUGGCUCCAACUCCCUCAGUAGCUCCAAUGUGGUUUUCAAGCCUUGUGGGAGUAGCUCUUCUUCUGGCAAACCUUGUGGGUCUCUGUCCUCUUCUUCCCUUGGAUCUAGUGUGAGUCAGGGAUCCUCCCAAAUAGACCUUUCAGCAGGGGCCAAGCCCUGUGGUCCUAGCACCAUCCCCUGCCGUUCCAUUCGGGACCUCCUAGCCCAAGUGAAGCCAUUGGGGCCACAGUUGGUUGACCCUGAGGUUUUCUUGCCCCAAGGAGAGCCCCUUGAGAAUUCCUGA